AUGUGUCUGUUUGCUGGUGGUUGUGGAGCUGCUGCUGGAGCGUGGAGGCAGGCAGAGACCCGGCCUCGCGGUUUCCUGGAGAGGAGUGGACCCACGCCUACCGUGGCGGUGACUCGUUGCCACAGGGGCGCGGCGAACCGGCGGACUGUCGGCGGGAAGGAGGAAAGGGCAAAAACACCGGAGAGAGCACCGGCGUCCUCCACCACCAGCGCGGGCGAGGGAAGACUCGGCGCGCAAACUGUCCUGUCCUGCAGCACGGAUCGGACCGCAGAGGAGUGGACCGCGGAGGAGCUCGGCACCGCGUUUGGAGAAGGCUACGCGUGGUGA